AUGGAUAGCCAUCCCUCGUUUGCUGUCCUGUCGCCUUUCGUCUCAAAAUAUCCUCGUGCCGCAGGAAGCAUAUUUCAGGCAUACAAUGAUUUGCUGCUAGCACAGCAGUGGAAGGACCUCGAAGUGAUCGAUCUCCCCAAGUGCUCUCGUUGUGGAUUUCGUGGCCGAAAGCCAGAAACUGACGCCGUCCUUGCAGUAAUCCCGUGCUCGCUUUCAGAGUCCAUCUCAUUGUCGUGGUUACAAUCCGCUUUUGACGAGCUCGAGAGACCACCGGAAGUUUACGUCGCCAUUACAGUGGAGGACUCUUCCAUAGUUUACUACAAAGUCAGCCCGGGCAUCGUCAAGCCCCCACUCUAG